AUGGCGAGCGCGAGCGCGGCGGCGGCGGCGGCGGCGGCGGCGGCGGCGGCGCGGUCGCCCGCCGACCAGGACAGGUUCAUCUGCAUCUACCCCGCCUACCUCAACAGCCGGAAGACGCUGGCCGAGGGCCGCCGCAUCCCCGCGAGCAAGGCUGUUGAGAAUCCUACGGCUACAGAGAUUCAAGAUGUUUGCUCCGCAGUCGGACUGAACGUCUUUCUUGAGAAAAAUAAAAUGUACUCUAGAGAAUGGAAUCGUGACGUUCAGUACAGGGGCAGGGUCCGAGUCCAGCUCAAGCAAGAAGACGGCAGCCUCUGUCUUGUACAGUUUCCUUCACGUAUGUCAGUAAUGUUGUAUGCAGCAGAAAUGAUACCUAAACUAAAAACAAGGACACAAAAGACAGGAGGUGGUGACCAAACUCUUCAGCAAGGAGAGGGAAGUAAAAAGGGGAAAGGAAAGAAGAAGAAAUGAUUGGGAAUGCAAAUCAAGAAUGUUGUACAAUUGUUAGAGAUAUGAAUAAAAGCUUCUAAAUUGUGUUUGAGAGAAACAGAAGCUUUCUGUUUGCAUCAUUCAACUGAACUAUAAAUAGAAUGAGAAUUGACUAUGAAACUUACAUCAGAAGUUCUGUGUAAUUUCUUAUGUGGUAUACAACUUUAUUUUCGACAUACUUUUGUGGAUGAAUCACAUUUUAGAUGAAUAGUGGACUGUACCAUACAUUACUUGAAAUAAUUUGAACACAGAUUUUGCUCACUUUUUAAGUUAAAUAAAAUGUUUGAAACUGA